GCCGAAGAUCUCCAAAGAUGCGUGUUUGAAACAACAUGAUGAUGAAUGCUAACUUAAGUCAUGAUGUUGGAUGCACUGGGAGGCUGCAGCGCCAUCCCGCAUCCCAGAAUCCCUCUGACCUAUAUCAGAUGUAUCUCCUUAAUAGCCAAUACCCGCCCAUCCUGCAGAAUCACUCUCGGACGCUUGCGGUUCCCUACAAGGAGUUGCGGCACCACAGAAGUUCCUGCGAGUCCAUUGGGAACAACUACAGCCCGAGAGGCCAAAACCUGAAAAUCCAACAUCUACACCGCAGACGUCACUCGCCUCAGUGUCCUCCAUCUGCUUUCUGCAGUGACGCUCCGGGUGUGAGGAGGCGACCUAUAACCCGAGCACAGAGAUGUCGCCCCUUGACACCGAACCAGCAGCUUGAAAUCAUUCGGCAUGAGGAGAAACAAAGUCAAAGAGACCAGGUGGAACCCACAGAGAGAGAUUUAGAGAGGUAUUUGUACUAUAUCACAGAGGGUAUUUACGGCCACAUGUUGGCACCCCACCCACCAGAGCAGAUCACCGGUAUCCUGAAGCUUGCACCCAUCCGUUUCCAAAAGGAUGAGCGAAAGAUGCAGUGGAUGCAGGAGGUUCUCCUGGAGGAGGUCCAGAGAGACUAUGAAUUCAGCCUCCGCAAGAGCAUCGUCGACUAUAUCCUGCUAGAUCCAGCAGAGAGGGAGCGUCUAUCAAUUUCUGCUGUUCCCCGGCCUUUCACGUCCCGUGUAAUUCGUGCACCAGUUCCCUGGAACAUCCUGGAAGCUAAAAGCUGGCAGACGGAGAACCUCUACACGGUGAACCCUAUGCUGCUACACAUACACGAUCUCUGGAUGAGCAGUUUCUCAUCUCUGCGGUUUGUUCGUUUGGACGCCCUGCUCUCAGCCGAUCUUCCGCUCUUACCAGCGGAGUUUGAGGAGCUGGUGCGGCGACAGUGUGAAAACACACGAGAUGAACUGCUUAACACGUGGCUGCCCAGCUGUGCUUCUCUUUUUGUGACCUUUAAAGACUCGUGGUUGCCACUGGUGCCGAAGAAAGCAAGCAUGGCCCCUGUAAAGGCCCAAAAACUCUUCUUCUGUGUGGCUGCGCUGAUGUCACUGCAGCUGCGCAGUCUGGUGGUCGCAUCACUACAGGAUCUGCUGCAGUUCUUCCAGCUACAUCAGGAUGGUAAUGAUUUUGGGGAGUGUUUUAAUGAGCUGCAGUACACACAGCGUCCAGUGUUACUGGUGAAGUUGAGACUCGAGGACCCCAGAAUUGCAUUCGAACCUUCACUGCAGAGCUGCUGGGAGCUCAUUCAACAAGCGUUCACACAGAUCAUCAACAGCGCCCACAACAUACCACGGGUGGAAGUUAAGCUUUUUCCAGAGUUUGGACAAACAUUAAUUCUGCGCUCAGUAAGACCCGACGAGUCGCUGGUGAAAGACAUCAUUACCAGAGCGAGAGAGAUCUUUCAGAGGAACACCGUCGGGCCCCAGAGGUAUCUGGAUGUGUAUAAGAAGUACACUGAUGCACUGGACCGUCAAGACAUACUGAACUUCCUAAAAACCAAACACUCACUGCAGGGCUUUAUUAAGAAAAUCACAGGUGUGCAGAACAUGUGGAAGGAGAUCACAUCACUGCAUGUGACAGUCCCUCUGUCCCUGUUCUGUCUGGAUGCGGUGAACCUGAACCAAGAUCUGUGUGACAAGGCAGAGGAUCUCAUAGAUCUUCUUACCACGUUUGUGAUGGAGGAGAACCGAGAACUCAACAAGAGUAUCUGCUGUCGUUACGAUGAGAUUACGGACAGAAUCACGAGCAAGAUAAGUAACACAGAGGAGCUGGUGGAGUUAAACCAGUACCUGAAACACACAAGUGAAGUCACCGUACACAAACUCCGCCGUGAGAUUGAGGAAGCCGCCAAGAGACUUGACUUCCUACUCGACUAUGCCACCCUACCAGUUGAGGAUAUGAUGUUGUUCAGCACUGUGAUCCACUGGCCUGAGCAGAUUAUGUCAUCGAUUGAAUCCAGUAAGGAUAAACUGAACAAUCAGAAACAUCAGGCUGAUAUCAGUCUGAUGAAAAGAAUAGGGAAGUUAGAGGAGACGAUGAAGGUACUGCAGAAAGAUUUGGACAUCUUUAAGAUGAAAGAAAAGAUGACUUUGGAAGAGAAUAAUAACAAUGUGGAGAGACUCAAUCAGAUCAGCAUCAGCAUGGAAGCCGCUGUCAAAGAGAUAGAGGGCAUUAAUAAAGAAGAGAGUUUGCUGGACAAAGAACAGAGUCAGUUUCCCAUCUUAGAAACAAUAAUGGCCAAGAAACAGCCGUACGACCAGCUGUGGAUCACGGGUCUGGAUUUUCAAACCAAAUCUGAUGUGUGGAUGACUGGUCCAUUCCGAAACGUGAACGCAGAAACGGUGUCAGAGGAGUUAGCAAACAUGUGGCGCACCAUGUAUAAACUUGCAAAGACGUUCUCAGAGCGGACGGCUCCCAGACGUGUCACGGAGAACUUCAAGAAAAAGAUUGACAAUUUCAAACAACACCUGCCUCUUUUGACAGCUAUCUGCAACCCAGGCCUGAAGGACAGACACUGGGAGAUGAUAAGUAAUACAGUGGGAUUUGAUGUUAAACCAGACGAGGACACCCCACUCAUCAAGAUGGUGGAGCUCGGAUUGUCGAAAUAUUCAGACCAGCUGGAGGAAAUUGGCGCUUCCGCCAGUAAAGAAUACUCUCUGGAAAAGUCCCUGGAGAAAAUGAAACGGGAGUGGACCGAGCUCCGCUUCGGGUUUUCCCCGUACAAGGACACGGGCACAAGUGUUUUAGCGGCGGUCGAUGAUGUUCAGCUGCUGUUGGAUGAUCACAUCAUCAAGACUCAGACUAUGAGAGGGUCUCCAUUCAUCAAACCCAUCGAGGCCGAUGCAAAGAGAUGGGAGGAGAAGUUGCAGUGCAUGCAGGAUAUAUUGGAUGCGAUGUUGCAGUGUCAGAGCAUGUGGAUGUAUCUAGAGCCCAUCUUCAGCUCAGAGGACAUCAUCGCCCAGAUGCCAGAGAAUGGACGCAAGUUUGCCAUCGUAGACAGUUAUUGGAAAAACAUUGUCGCUGAAGCGUUAAAGGAUACACAUGUAUUGGUGGCCACAGAGCAGCCUAACAUGCUGGGUCGCCUUCAGGAGUCCAACACCUAUCUGGAGGAAAUACAGCACGGUCUGAACUCAUACCUGGAAACAAAGAGACUCUUCUUCCCUCGGUUUUUCUUCUUAUCUAAUGAUGAGAUGUUGGAGAUCUUGUCUGAGACGAAGGAUCCAAUGCGUGUUCAGCCUCAUCUUAAGAAGUGUUUUGAGGGCAUCGCUAAACUAGAAUUCACCCCUGACCUGGAGAUCACGGGAAUGAUCAGCUCAGAGAAAGAGAUCGUCCCCUUUAUAGAAACCAUCUACCCUGCUAAAGCCAAGGGAAUGGUUGAGAAGUGGCUUCUGCAGGUUGAAAACACAAUGCUGAUGAGCAUCAGAGACGUCAUAAAGCAAGGAAUGGAGCAGUACUCAGAGAUGCCUAGAAAGAAGUGGGUGCUGCUGUGGCCCGGUCAGGUCGUGAUCUGUGCGUCAUGCAUAUUCUGGACCAGUGAAGUAUCUGAUGCUAUACAGAACAACACACUUCCUGCUUACGUUGAGCAGAGUAAUGCUCAGAUCGCUGAUAUAGUCGAGCUGGUUAGAGGGAAGUUGCCAGGUGGCGCCAGGAUGACUCUGGGUGCUCUUAUCGUCAUUGAUGUUCAUGCACGUGAUGUUGUGUGCAAGCUGGCUCAGGAUGGCGUUUCAUCCCUGAAUGAUUUCCAGUGGAUUUCCCAGUUGCGGUAUUUCUGGGAAGACGGGGAAGUCAUGUUGAGAAUGAUCACCACUGUGAUCAGAUAUGGAUAUGAAUAUCUCGGCAAUUCACCGCGCCUGGUCAUAACACCACUAACUGAUCGAUGCUACAGGACUCUGAUGGGCGCUUUGAAGCUGAAUCUGGGCGGAGCUCCAGAAGGUCCUGCGGGUACUGGAAAAACAGAGACGACUAAAGAUCUGGCUAAAGCGCUCGCUAAACAGUGUGUGGUGUUCAACUGUUCUGAUGGUCUGGACUACAAAGCGAUGAGCAAGUUUUUCAAGGGUCUGGCACAGUCUGGAGCGUGGGCAUGUUUCGACGAGUUCAACCGAAUAGAGGUGGAGGUGUUGUCUGUGGUCGCUCAGCAGAUUUUGAGUAUUCAGCAGGCUAUAAUGCGAGACAUGAAGACAUUUAUGUUUGAAGGAACCGAGCUCUCUCUCAACCCAACCUGCUGUGUGUUUAUCACCAUGAACCCAGGAUACGCAGGCAGAGCUGAACUACCCGAUAACCUGAAAGCUUUGUUCCGCACAGUUGCAAUGAUGGUUCCGGAUUAUGGACUGAUUGGAGAGAUAUCACUUUAUUCAAUGGGAUUCACAGCUUCCCGGAGUCUGGCUCAGAAGAUUGUGGCGACGUAUCGCUUGUGCUCGGAGCAGCUCUCGUCUCAAGCGCACUACGAUUACGGGAUGCGUGCAGUGAAAUCAGUCCUGACUGCAGCGGGAAACCUGAAACUCAAAUACCCAGAGGAAGACGAGAGCGUUUUGCUGCUAAGGGCUCUCAUGGAUGUCAACAUGGCCAAAUUCCUCGCGCAGGAUUUACCACUGUUUCAGGGAAUCAUCACUGAUUUGUUUCCUGGAGUGGUUCUGCCCAAACCAGAUUAUGAUUUACUGUUAAAAGCUUUGAACGACAACAUCGCCAGGAUGAAACUGCAGCCUGUACCGUGGUUCAUCAGCAAAAUUAUACAAGUGUAUGAGAUGAUGCUGGUCAGGCACGGCUUCAUGAUUGUUGGCGAGCCAAUGGGUGGAAAAACGUCAGCUUAUAAAGUCUUGGCUGGAGCUUUGGGAGACCUUUAUAAGGAAGGGCUGAUGGAAGAGUUUGCGGUAGAUUUCCGCAUCAUUAACCCGAAGGCGAUCACUAUGGGGCAGCUAUAUGGCUGUUUUGAUCCAGUGAGUCACGAGUGGUCAGACGGCGUUUUGGCCACCUCGUUCAGACAACAGGCCCAGUGCACCACAGACGACCGUCAGUGGAUCGUUUUCGACGGGCCUAUUGAUGCGGUCUGGAUUGAGAACAUGAACACCGUUUUGGAUGAUAACAAGAAGCUUUGUCUGAUGAGUGGUGAGAUCAUUCAGAUGAGCUCUAAAAUGAGUCUGAUCUUUGAGCCCGCGGAUCUGGAGCAGGCGUCACCGGCUACUGUGAGCAGGUGCGGAAUGAUCUAUAUGGAGCCGCAUCAGUUGGGCUGGACUCCUCUGAGAGACUCCUACAUGAACACAUUACCUGAGAGCCUGGAGGAUGAACACAGAACACUGAUCACUGAACUCUUUGACUGGCUGGUUCAGCCUUGUUUGGACUUUAUAUACCACGAGUGUGGAUUCUUAGUCCAGACGUCACCCAUUCACCUGGCCUAUAGCCUGAUGCGCCUGUAUACCUGCCUACUGGACGAGAUUUUUCAGUCAGGAAAGGAAGGAGCAGAAUCGAUGACGAGUCAGCAGGUGACGCUGUGGCUGCAGGCUCUGUUCCUCUUCGCUGUGGUGUGGAGUCUGGGAGGAACCAUCAACGGCAACAGCAGGAUAAAGUUUGACACCUUCUACCGACAACUUGUCAUGGGCACAAUCACAGAUCACCCGCGACCCCAGAGUGUGAAACUCAACAAAAGCAAUGUUUUCCCAGAGAGAGGCACCGUCUAUGAUUAUUAUUUCCAUAAGCAGGGCCCUGGUCAGUGGAACAACUGGACAGAAUCCAUCUCUAAAGAGGACAGAGUCAUACCUGCAAGCGCAAAAGUGUCUGAUCUUAUCAUACCCACGGCAGAAACGUCACGGCAGCUCUUCUUCCUCAGGACGUACCUGUCACAUGAAGUGCCCGUGCUGAUUGUGGGACCCACAGGAACCGGCAAGUCUGUGAUCAACAACAACUUCCUGAUGUCGCUCCCGAAGGAGCGCUACACUCCCAUCUGCAUCAACUUCUCCGCCCGCACCUCUGCCAACCAAACCCAGGACAUCAUCAUGUCCAAACUGGACCGUCGCCGCAAGGGCGUGUUUGGCCCGCCGAUGGGGAAGAAGUGCAUUAUCUAUGUUGAUGAUCUGAACAUGCCUGCAAAAGAGAUAUACGGUGCUCAGCCGCCCAUUGAAUUGCUGCGGCAGUGGAUCGAUCAUCAUCAUUGGUAUGAUAAAAAAGACACAUCCAGAUUGGACAUUGAGGAUGUGCUGUAUAUGUCUGCUAUGGGGCCCCCUGGUGGAGGGAGAAAUGACAUUACAGGGCGACUGACACGUCACCUAAACAUUAUAUCAAUCGACACAUUUGAUGAUGAGACUCUAGGUAACAUCUUCACAUCCAUCACCGACUGGCACUUCAGCAAAGGGUUUGAUGCAUCUUUCUACAGGUUGGGUAAAAUCAUGGUUCAAGCUACUAUGGCUGUGUACAAGGAUGCAAUCAAGAGUUUCCUCCCAACACCGUCCAAAUCUCAUUACAUUUUUAACCUGCGUGAUUUUGCGAGGGUGAUUAGGGGCGUAAUGCUCUGUCCAUCAACACACAUGCAGGAAGGAGAUAAGCUGAUCCGGUUGUGGAUCCAUGAGAUCUAUCGUGUGUUUUAUGACCGACUGGUUGAUAAUGAAGAUAGAGAGAAAUUUUUUAAAAUUGUUAAAGAGAGGACAUUAGCAUAUUUCAAACAAACCAUUGACAAGCUUCUCUGUCAUCUCACUCUGUCUGGUAAUGUCGAAGAUGACAGCAUUCGCAGCCUGUUUUUUGGUGACUACGCCAAACCAGACUCUGCUAGUAAACCUUAUGAUGAGAUCACCGAUCUAAGCUCAUUAACUGAAGUGAUGGAUUUCUACCUCAGGGAGUACAAUAACAUCAGCAAAGCACCCAUGAACCUUGUGAUGUUUCGCUUCGCCAUCGAACACAUCUCCCGAAUCUGCCGUGUGCUGAAACAAGACAACGGCCACCUGCUGCUGGUGGGCAUCGGCGGAUCAGGGCGGCAGAGCACCACCAAACUUGCCACCUUUAUCAAUGACUACGAGCUGUUUCAGAUCGAACUGACCAAGAGCUACAGCAUGUCGGACUGGCGCGACAAUCUAAAGCACUUGAUGCUUAAAGCAGGGAUACAGGGGAAAAAAACAACAUUUCUCUUUAGCGACAACCAGAUCAAGGAUGAAGCCUUCGUCGAGGACAUCAACAUGCUGCUGAACACAGGAGACGUGCCAAACAUCUUCCCAGCGGACGAGCGUGCGGAGAUCAUCGAAAAAAUGCAGGGAAUUGCCCAAUUGGAAGGGAAGAAGAUUGACGUCACACCACUCUCCAUGUACAACUUCUUUAUCGACAAAGUUAAAGCCAAUCUUCAUAUAGUUCUCGCAAUGAGCCCAAUAGGUGAAGGCUUCCGCAAUCGUCUCAGGAUGUUCCCAUCUCUGAUCAACUGCUGCACCAUAGACUGGUUUCAGGCCUGGCCCAAAGAUGCUCUGGAAAUGGUUGCCAACAAGUUCCUUGAGGAUCUGGACCUGGAAGACAACAUCAGGACAGAGGUGGUGGAAAUGUGUAAAACGUUCCAGGAGAGUGUGCGAGAGAUGUCUGAGCGCUAUUACUCCCAGCUGCGCAGACAUAAUUACGUCACUCCUACUUCCUACCUGGAGCUCAUCCUGACUUAUAAAGCCUUGCUCAGUUCCAAACGCAACGAGGUGAACGAGCUCAAGAAUCGCUACAUAGUCGGCUUGCAGAAACUUGACUUUGCUGCUUCUCAGGUAGCAGUCAUGCAGCAGGAGCUCACAGCUCUACAGCCGGAACUAAUCGAGACAGCAAAGCAGACUGAUCAGAUGAUGGUGAAGAUAGAAAAAGAGACCGUUGAGGUGGAUGCUAAGAAGAAGCUUGUCAGUGCCGAUGAGAAAGUCGCCAAUGAUGCAGCAGCUGCUGCUAAAGCGAUUAAGGAUGAGUGUGAGGGGGAUCUUGCAGAGGCGAUGCCAGCGCUGGAAGCGGCUCUUUCUGCUCUGGACACACUGAAGCCGGCUGACAUUACCGUCCUGAAGACGAUGCAGAAUCCCCCUGGUCCCGUCAAACUCGUCAUGGAAUCCAUCUGUGUCAUGAAGGGAAUCAAACCAGAGAGGAAACAAGACCCUGGUGGAUCAGGUAAGAUGAUUGAAGACUUCUGGGGGCCAUCUAAGAAGCUUCUAAGUGAUAUGAAGUUCCUUGAGAGCCUCAAAACAUUCAACAAGGACAACAUACCUGCCGCUAACAUCAAGAAAAUCAGAGAAAAGUUUAUAGACCACCCAGAUUUUCUGCCCUCAACAAUCAAAAGCGUGUCGUCUGCCUGCGAGGGCCUUUGCAAAUGGGUGCGUGCCAUGGAAGUGUACGAGCGUGUGGCGAAGGUCGUUGCCCCCAAGAAAGAGAAAUUAAAAGGAGCAGAAGGCGAGCUAGCUGUGCAGAUGAAGAUGUUAACCAUAAAACGUGCCGAGCUGAAGGAGGUGGAGGAUCGUCUGCAGGCAUUAAGUGACACGUUCGAAGGGAUGAUACAGAAGAAAAAAGACCUUGAAGCAAACAUCGAGCUCUGUUCCCAGAAGCUAAUACGAGCUGAAAAGCUAAUCGGUGGCCUGGGAGGAGAAAAAGACAGGUGGACAGAGGCUGCGCGGCUCCUGGGUAUCAAAUACACCAACUUGACCGGCGACGUGCUUUUGUCCUCGGCGACAGUGUCGUAUCUCGGAGCAUUCACCGUCGAUUAUCGCGUGGAGUGUCAGCGGAAAUGGCACCAGCUGUGCAGUGAGAAGAACGUGCCGUGUUCAAAGGACUUCACGCUUAGCAACACUCUCGGAAACCAGGUGUUGAUCCGUUCCUGGCAGAUCUCUGGAUUACCCGUGGACUCGUUUUCCACCGACAACGGAAUCAUCGUCUCGAACUCUCGCCGUUGGCCACUCAUGAUCGACCCUCAGGGCCAAGCCAACAAGUGGAUCAAAAACAUGAACAAGGCCAACAAACUCUCUGUCAUCAAGCUCUCGGAUAGCAACUACAUCCGUACCCUCGAGAACGCCAUUCAGUUUGGCACACCAGUCCUCCUGGAGAAUGUCGGCGAGGAGCUGGACGCAGUUUUAGAGCCGGUUCUCCUGAAACAGACCUUUAAGCAGCAGGGCGUUGAAUAUAUGAAGCUGGGCGAGAACACCGUGGAAUAUUCCAUCGACUUCCGGUUCUACAUAACAACAGGGUUGAGGAAUCCACAUUACUUGCCCGAGGUGGCGGUCAAAGUGUGUCUGUUGAACUUCAUGAUCACACCGUUGGGUCUCGAAGAUCAGCUACUGGGGAUCGUCGCCGCCAAAGAGAAACCAGAACUCGAGGAGAAGAAAAAUCAGCUGAUUCUGGAAAGUGCAGCCAGUAAUAAACAGCUAAAGGAGAUUGAGAACAAAAUCCUGGAGGUUCUGUCUUCUUCUGAAGGGAACAUUCUGGAGGACGAGGCUGCCAUUAAGGUUCUCUCAUCAUCUAAGGUGCUUUCCGAAGAGAUAUCCGAGAAGCAGAAGAUCGCGAUCGUGACCGAAAAUGAGAUCGACAAAACGCGAAUGGGUUACCGUCCGGUUGCAGAGUACUCGUCCAUUCUGUUCUUCUGCAUCUCGGAUUUGGCGAACAUCGAUCCCAUGUACCAAUACUCUCUCACGUGGUUCAUCAACCUGUACCUGCACUCCAUUGCUCACAGCACAGCUAGCGAUGACCUACAGACCCGCAUAGCCAACAUCCUAGAUCACUUCACCAUGCGCGUUUACUAUAACGUGUGCCGCUCUCUGUUCGAGAAGGACAAGCUGCUGUUCUCCUUGCUUUUGACCGUUGGCAUCAUGCAGGGAAAAGGUCAGGUCGACGACAUCGCCUGGCGCUUCCUUCUCACAGGAGGCGUUGCUCUGGAAAACCCGUUCCCCAACCCAGCCCCGGAGUGGCUUUCAGACAAAUCAUGGUCCGAAAUAGUCCGUGCUUCCCAACUUCCCCGUCUCAAAGGAUUGUUUGAGCAUGUGCAGGAGAACAUUGUGCAGUGGAAGCAGAUUUACGAUUCUGGUCAUCCACAGGAUGAGGAGUUACCUGGGAAGUGGGGCGAGGUAGCGGGCAUGGAGCGCAUGGUGGUGCUGCGCUGCUUCAGACCGGACAAACUUGUGCUGGCGGUACAGAAGUUCAUUGUGGACAAUAUGGGCCGGGCCUUCAUCGAGCCACCGACCUUCAACCUGGCGGAAAGCUACGGUGAUUCCAACUGCUGUUCGCCACUCAUCUUUGUCCUCUCUCCAGGAACAGACCCUACAGCAGGACUGCUGAAGUUUGCAGAUGACUUGGGCAUGGGCGGCAGUAAGACCCAGACUAUUUCUCUCGGUCAAGGUCAAGGUCCAGUAGCUGAGCAGCUGAUCAAGGUAGCGCUGACCAAUGGCAACUGGGUCGUUCUGCAGAACUGUCAUCUCGCAACCAGCUGGAUGCCAGCCUUGGAGAAGAUUUGUGAGGAGGUCAUCACACCUGAAAACACACACACCAGCUUCAGGUUGUGGUUGACCAGUCAACCAUCUGAUAAGUUUCCAGUGAGUGUUUUGCAGAAUGGGGUGAAGAUGACGAAUGAGCCUCCCAAAGGACUGAGGGCAAACAUACUGCGUUCUUACCUCAGCAAUCCCAUCUCAGACCCCGCCUUCUUCAACAGCUCCGCUAAGCAGGAAAUCUGGCAGAAGCUGCUGUUCGGCCUGUGCUUCUUCCACGCUCUGGUACAGGAGAGGAGAACGUUCGGCCCACUCGGUUGGAAUAUUCCAUACGAGUUCAAUGAGUCUGACAUGAGAAUCAGCAUUCGUCAGAUCCAGAUGUUCCUGGACGAGUAUGAAGAGGUUCCGCUGGAGGCCCUCACGUAUCUGACAGGAGAGUGCAAUUAUGGUGGGAGGGUGACUGAUGAUAAAGACCGGAGGCUGCUGAUGUCCCUCCUCUCCAUCUUCUACAGCUGGGAGCUCAUCAAACAGGACAAGUAUUGUGUGUGUGAGGGAGAUCUGUACUAUGUGCCGUCACACGCUCCCUACCAGAGUUAUGUGGACUACAUCCGCAACCUGCCCAUCAGCGCCGAACCUGAGGUCUUCGGCCUCCACAGCAACGCUAAUAUCACCAAGGAUAACCAGGAGACCAAUCAGCUGUUAGAAGGGGUGCUGCUGACGCUACCCAGACAAACUAGCAGCGGAGCCAAAUCUCCACAGGAAGUGGUAGACGAGCUGGCCGAGGGAAUGCUGGCCAAGCUUCCCUGUGAUUUUGACAUUGAGAUGGUGACCAAUAAAUACCCACUCCUGUAUGAAGAGUCGAUGAACACCGUCUUACGCCAGGAACUCAUUCGCUUCAACAGGCUGUCAAAGGUAGUGCGUAGCAGCCUGCUAAACACCCAGAAGGCACUUCGGGGGCAGGUUGUGAUGUCGGCCGAGCUGGAGAACGUCUUCAACAGUCUUCUCGUUGGGAAAGUGCCGGCCACAUGGGCCGCGAAGUCCUACCCUUCCCUUAAACCCCUCGGAAGCUACAUGUCCGACUUCCUGGCCAGGCUGCAGUUUCUACAGGACUGGAUUGAUAACGGCCCUCCAUCUGUGUUCUGGGUGUCUGCGUUCUAUUUCACUCAGUCGUUCCUCACUGGGGUGUCUCAGAAUUUCGCCCGAAAGUACACCAUCCCCAUCGACUACAUCGGCUUUGAGUAUGAGGUCUGUAAGCAGGAAACUCACAUGGAGGAGAAGCCGGAGGACGGGGCGUACGUGCGUGGGCUUUUCCUCGAGGGAGCGCGCUGGGAUCGGGAGCACAUGGUCAUCGGUGAGUCUGUUCCUAAAGUUCUCUUCGACCCACUUCCCAUAAUCUGGCUGAAACCUGGAGAGAGCGCAACUUUCCUGCACGAGAGCGUUUACAUCUGUCCCGUGUACAAGACCAGCGCCCGGCGUGGGACUCUGUCCACCACUGGUCACUCCACCAACUACGUUCUGUCCAUCGAGCUGCCCUCGGACAAGCCCCAGAAACACUGGAUCAACCGCGGCGUCGCCUGCCUGUGCCAACUCGACAACUGAUUUUCAGUGUGCCAAACAUAUGAAAAACCCCAAAACAUUUAGCAUAUUGUGGUUCCUUUCAAUAUAAUUGAAUGGAAUAAUAAAACAAAAUGGCUUAAA